CCCGCUGCUCCAAUUCCCAACUUCCCUUAUAGGGGGAAAAUCUCAAAAUAUGUCUAAUAUUAAAAUAAAUUCCUAAACUACAGUACUUAUAAAAAAAUCUCAAAAUACCUAAUUUUGAAGAGGAUCGGGGCACAUACCCUCGAACCACACACUGCUGGAUCGAGGGUGACAAUCUCAAACCACCUCAAGUAUUCUCCCAAAACGAUUUGGAGGAGCUUUGCUACUUCGACUCCUCAUCCUCUUCACGCUUAUGAUUAUUACUAUCACUCGAGACGACAUCGUUGCUUUCUUUACCGGCGAAGGAUUGAUCUUCAGUCCGCAGCUUGGGAUGCGACAGAGGCAGAGACGGCUUCGGGCGGAUGGCGGCGACGACUACGACUAUGGUUUUGAUGGCGGUGGGGAGGAUUUUAUUGUCGACCUAAGAGGUUGGUGUUGGACGAGGCUGAUCUGUAAGGUUGUUGUUUCUGGUGGUGUCGAUCGAAUUCAAAGAGAAGGAAAUCCGAGGACUAAUUCCUAAACUAGGUUCAGAACAUUGAUCAAUCGCCAUUAUAUGAUGAUUCUUAAGGAGGCUCGAGGUUGUAACCCUCGAUCCAUGUUGUUCGAGUGUAUGUGCCGUGAUCUACUAUGUAGUUUGAAUGGUUCGAGUGUAUGUGCCUCGAUCUACCGUGUGGUUCGAGUGUAUGUAACUCGAUCCGCUUCAGACAUAAGUAUUUUGGGAAUUUCUUUUGCAAGUGCUGUAGUUUAGAAAUUUGUUUUUAUUAUUAGCUGUAUUUAGGAAAAUUUUCCCUCCCACUCUCUCUGUCUUUCAUUCUGCUCCAUUGCUCUCGCACGAUGUAAAACAUUCCCAUCUGCUUUAUGAGAUUCUGAUAUUCUAUCUUCCCCCAUUUUUCUCUGUUCUUUUUCUAUCCUCCAAUGGACUGAUAUUUUUUCUUUUCAAGAUUGACAACGCCCAUUAUUAUACAAAAGUGUUAAAGAGUCUGUUUGUGUUUGCGGUUUGUUGCAUGCAUGUGCAGAAUCCUUUUCUUUUCUCCUCCUUCCCUCCCUGCAAAUUCUCUCCAGUCUUAUUAACAUGUUUCCCAAUUAGAAUAAAGAGGGGUAAAGCUUUUUGGUUUGGCGGAAUCCUCCAUUAUUGUUUUUUUCUUCUUCCGUCUCUUUGUUUCUUCUCUGCCAAUUGAUAUAAAGGAGGGGGAAAAAUGGACCCAAAACAUUGAAAAAGGUUCCCCUACUUCCGAUUCCAAUUUUUGGCCUCUGUUUCUCAGCUUGGCCGGAAACCCGAUGCGGAUCAGACUCCUCUGAGUUUUUGCUUCCUUCCUACACAGAUUGCUCUCCCUGAGUUUUUAUGGGUUCGUUGGUUCUUCAUGGAGGCGAGCAAACCAAGCUCCUUCCUUCAACUCCGGGUAAUAAUCUAAAACGAUAUAAAAACAGGGGACUCUGUUUUUUGGUAUUUCUUUUAAUCCACUGUUUCUAAUUUCUUAGCUUCUGCUUUUUCUUUUUCUGCAAGAACAAUCAAUGAUAUAUUUUCCUUAUUUAUGCCAUGGGGCAGGCUUAUAAUCUAGGAUAUCGUAGAGCUCAGAAUCGGACAUGGGAGGUGGGGAUCAAUCUUCCGGAAUUUAGGGGUUUUAUCUUCUCGGAACAAAUCACACUAAUGGAGAUGAUCAAAGAUGCAGACUUUGAUCUGGGUUUUCUCUGGGGAGGCUGAGUUUGUAAACAAAAUUGAUUGGAAAUACAUAUAGCUAUACAUAGAAACAGAGAAACAGGAAACUCCGAGGAAAAAAAAAUAGUUUCAUUUUAUCCAAAUGGAUGAAACUCCGACGAGCUCCCCGGCGGCGGCGAUGCAGCACACGCCGGCGCCGAGGAAGAAGAUCGUGAAGCAGCUGACGGGGAAGAAAGGUGACACCUCCCUGCACUCGGCUGCAAGGAGCGGGAACAUGGCCGCCGUGGUGGAAAUCCUCUCCGGGACCGACGAGGAGGAAUUGAGGGAGAUAUUGGAGAUGCAGAACCAGUCCGGCGAGACCCCACUCUACGUGGCGGCGGAGUACGGGUACGUUGACUUGGUCAGGGAAAUGAUCCGGUACUACGACCUCGCCGACGCCGGAAUCAAGGCCAAGAAUGGAUUGGACGCCUUCCACAUUGCCGCAAAGCAAUCGGAUAUAGAUGUUUUGAGGGAGCUAAUGGAGGCUCACCCAGAGUUAGCAAUGACGGUAGAUUUGUCCAACACGACCGCGUUGCACACGGCGGCGAUGCAAGGCCACAUUGAGAUAGUCAACUUCCUUCUGGAAGCAGGGAGCAGCAUCGCCACCAUUGCCCGGAGCAACGGCAAGACUGCACUGCAUUCCGCCGCCAGAAACGGACACGUGGCGGUCGUAAAAGCACUGGUGACGGCGGAGCCGACGAUCGCGACGAGGACGGAUAAAAAGGGCCAGACGGCUCUUCACAUGGCCGUUAAAGGACAGAAUAUUGAAGUUGUGGAGGCGUUGAUCAAUGCCUCGCCCGAGACGUUGAACUUGCUCGACAACAAAGGCAACACUCCCCUGCAUAUCGCCAGUCGGAAAGGCCGAGCUCCGAUAGUGAAACUGCUGCUCCAGCACAAGUCAACGGACACGAAAGCGGUGAACCGAACGUCGGAGACGGCGCUGGACACCGCAGAGAAGAUGGGCCAGCCGGAGGUGAAAGCCAUCCUCCAAGAGCACGGCGUCCAGAGCGCGAAAGCCCUCAACCCGCAGGCCCGAAACCCGGCCCGCGAACUCAAGCAGACGGUGAGCGACAUCAAGCACGAGGUCCACUACCAGCUCGAGCACACCCGGCAGACCCGCCGGCGUGUCCAAGGGAUCGCCAAGCGGCUCAACAAGAUGCACGCGGAAGGGCUCAACAACGCCAUCAACUCCACCACCGUCGUCGCCGUCCUCAUCGCCACCGUGGCCUUCGCCGCCAUCUUCACCGUCCCGGGGCAGUACGCCGACGACCCGACCAAGAUGCAGCCGGGCCAGACCCUGGGCGAGGCCAACAUCGCCCGGCAGGCGCCCUUCAUCGUGUUCUUCCUCUUCGACUCGGUGGCGCUGUUCAUCUCGCUGGCGGUGGUGGUGGUGCAGACGUCGGUGGUGGUGAUCGAGAGCAAGGCCAAGAAGCAGAUGAUGGCGGUGAUCAACAAGCUGAUGUGGAUCGCGUGCGUCAUGAUCUCGGUGGCGUUCCUGGCCCUGUCGUUUGUGGUGGUUGGGGACCACGAGACGUGGCUGGCGGUCAGCGUGACUAUUAUUGGGACGGUCAUCAUGGUCACGACAUUGGGUACGAUGUGUUACUGGGUGGUUAAGCAUCGGAUUGAGGCGUCGAAACUGAGGAGUAUUCGACGAAAUUCGAUGGGGAGUCGGUCCAAGUCGAUGUCGGCUUCGGUUAUGUCGGAUUCCGAGUUGCUUAACAAUGAGUUCAAGAACAUGUAUGCCAUUUAGUGGAUCCUGACCCUAGCUAGUCCCUGAUCUCUACUUGUAUAUGUUUUUUUUUUGGCCGGAUUAAGUGUAGAAAUGAUGAUGUAACGCUGACUUGGUGCAAACUUCAGAUUAAUGAGUACAACAAUGAUUUAUGUAUAUGAGCGAAAUCGUAGUUUAUUCAUGAUUCAAUCAUUUCAUAUUGUUAAAUUAAUUGUCCAUCAAUUUAGCCUCCGAUAUUUGGGGGGUUUUUUUUCUAUCGAAGUGUCGGUACGAUAUGGUUUUUCAAUCCGUAACGGGCACUUCGUACAAAUUCAAAGUCUUUUACCACUUUCUAAAAUGUUAACUGGAUCGCAUGGCCUUCCCUGAAAGACAAUGAUCUCAAGUCAAGUUGGUAAUGGUGUGGUAGAGUAGUAUGAGUGGCUGAGUGAGGAAGGGGACAUUGCUAGUGCGAUUGUGUGACUUGUGUACUAGGAUGCAUUGGGUGUUUCUUGGACCUUGGUGGCUCAUUUUUGCAGUUAGUGGUGGGAGCAAGGGGAGACAUUGUUAGAGGAAUCUCUCUCACACAACACUACAAAUGGGACGACACAUGGAAUGUCCGAUAACUCCAAGGUCGUGUUUGUAAAAUAGUAUCAUGCAAGUGAUUUGACCGGGGUUUUUUUUUUUUUUUUUUGUUGAAGGCUAAAUGGGUAAGUGUUAGAAAUAUGCAAUUAUCAUUGUUAUUACUCUUAUAUAUUUAUUGUUAUGAAAGUCAUUGUAGGGGUUAAUAGAAUAGAAGUAUAAUUAGAGUUAUUGUUAGGAUUUCCAGAAUUUUCCUAUGAAUAUGUACUUGGGUUAUUUCGUCAUAAUUAAUUAACAGAGAAGGUUACAAAUUAGUUAUCUCUAAUAUCUCAAACUCUAUUCUCCAAUCUUAGGAAUCUUGUCUCUCCUUUCCCUAGAGCAGCCGGCCAUUCUCUCUAAUUCUUUCCAAUUUCAACGUCUAAAUUCAUAACUCCAAUUAUGGUCUUUCCUAAAUCUUUUAAAUUCCUAAUUCUCGUCUUAAUUAUCUCCAAAUAACCAUAUUUCUUAAAUAUGCAAUUUUUAGAGUUAUGAAAAGGUUGAAUCACAGUUAAACCACGAGUUCAACACAAUACAACCUAUCGUUGAAUUUUUCAGUACAACCUCCGGUACGGUUUUUACCGUCCGUAUCAAAGUCAUGGGUUGUUGGUGGGGUGAGUGUUUGGAUAACCUCAUCCCAACCUUUAUAUUAAACUAAUAUAAUAAAUUGAAUUAGUCAAUUUCAUUUUGGGGGAGAAAAGUAAUUCCAUUAUUAAUAUUUUCUUUUCUUUUCUUGAUUAAUACCUUAAAUUGGUCCGAAUUUUACACAAAUAAACUAUUUUGGCCCGUGUUUCUAAAAUACCCAUUAUGGCAUAAAUUAUGAACCAUCUAGACUAAUUUGGCUGAAAUCGUGGAUGACCGUUAAGAUCUAAAGUUCAUACUCAAGAGCUUACGUGGACAACUCUUCUCAAGGGCAGCUUCAUGUUGUCGAUUAAAAUGAUUGUUUUAUUUUUCUUUUUAGAUAUAAUGAAUUUGAGAGUUUUUUUUAAUAUGGGAUAAGUAAUUUAUGAUUCAAGGUAAAAAUAAUAUUAUCACCAUGCCACGUCACAUAAUCGCAUCCGAAUCACAAUUUUUGUCAGCCGUAUCAGUAUAUUUAACAGUUAAACUAACGGAUAUGUUGAAAAUUUGAUUACUUUAUAGUAUUUCAAAUAGUUUUGACUAUUCAUGUCCACUACUAGAAAGAUUUGACUAUUUUUGGGUUUUUUACCCAGUGAUUGUACUUGGCUUUGGUUUAUACUAGAUUUGGUGUGCAUAAUGGGUUAGCUCUCUUUAUGCAUUUCUUAUUUAUAUUUCUAGUAUGCGUUGUAGUUUAUAGUAUACAUUACUGAGCUUUUGGUAUACAUUAUAAACGUACAAAUAUUUU